AAGUUAUCAGAAACCAUGUAUUCUGAUGUAUCCGAUUUCUGAUAGGUUAAAAUCGAGAUAUUACAUCCCAGAACUCUAAUUGGACAGCUCGUUAUUCCCUAUUCCUUGUGCUCAUUGUCUGUGCUUAUUGUGUUUAAGCCUUUAAUAUCAUCAAUGGUGGAAGGAAUAAAUAGGAAACGUUCGAAACACGUGAUCGAACACAACAGAUAACAGCAAAACGUAUUCAGAAAGGCAAUUUAAAGUAGCAAUCGAAAUGGAAGAAUUCGAUCUGCAGGAUAGUCAAUUAUACAAUGAAGAUGGAAUCGAGAAUGAAGAGAAUGAAUUAUUACGCAAGAUCCAAAUUCAAUUGCAGGAAAAACAAGAGAUAUUAAAAAGAAUUCAAAGAAUAAAAAAGAUGAAAAUCAUCUUAAAGACAUUAGAAUCCUUCCCAAAAGAAAAGCUUAAUUCGAAGCAAAAAAUGAAAGACCAAGAAAUCAACAAAACCAUAAAAGAAUAUGACGAUAUUGCCCAAGUAUUAGAUGAGAUACAGUUUAUAGAUCAAAAUGUAAGCGAGGAAAUGGAACAAUUACAAUCUUCAACAGAUACUGAAGAGGAACAGCAAGAAGCAGUAAUAAGUACUAGAAGUACAACAAAGGGAAAAUCUUCCGCGAAACACCCGUACAAAUCUUUUAAAAGAUCGUAUCCAGAACUAGAAAAAAAACGAUUAUCUAUGAAUAAAAAGUUAAGCCUGUAUGCACAAUCAAGACCGAGAUCACAUGAAGGAAGAUUUAUUCCUAUAAGAAACAAAACAACGACAAAUAAGGAGAAUCGGUGUACUCGAGAGCAACUUAUGGAGAGUAUAAGAAGGACUAAUAUGAUACUAUCAAUCAAUAGAAUUGACGGAUUGUCAAAGAAGAAUAAUACAAUUCAAGUAAGCGAGCAGAAACGUUUACCUAUGAAUCUUCUGAAGGAAAAUACAACUACUCAGCCAGAUAGAAAUAACGACUUGGAUGUGCAGCAAACACAGCGAGACAAUAGAAGCCAAACCAUGCAGAUAGAGGACUAUAAUGUACAUGAUAUCAAUAUUGCUGCGGACAUUAUCAUAAAACCGGAAUAUUUUGAUUAAUUAGUAUAAUAUCGUGUAUUUGAUCGUUACGGCGUUCAUGCGAAAAUAAAAUAGAGUUAUAAGAACGUACAUACGAAUUGGCAUAAGUAUGAAAAAUCAUAAAACGCGAAUACAUGACAUGACGUAAUACUGUCUUCAUCCAGAACAUGAAACGCGAUCGCGGGCUUAUAUGCUAAGCCCUGUUUAGCAUAAUUGCAAAUAAAACACGAACAUGAUUGUAAACAAAACACUAUGAAUACUAUUAAAAAGUGCGUUAAAAAAUA